CUGCACCAGCAAAACUGUCCCAACCUGUUGUCCAAUAUCUCUAUAAUGAUUCUUUCCUCGAUAAAGAACCAAAAAAAAAAAAAGGCUUCUUUGCCCACAACCCAUUAUAAGUACCCUUCAGUCUUCACAUCAUAAUCAGUCCUAACCAGCUUGUUCUUGCAGGUUCCUCAAGUCUUGAAUGUGCAAAAAAUGACUUCAUGCAGCGUCAAGCAGAAGAAGCUGGAGCAUAUCGACGAGAACAGCCCUGCGAACUUGUCGCCAUUGCAAGCGUCGUGCGUGACCCCUGAGACUCCAAUUGAGUCCAUGGAGUUUCUGGCGAGAUCAUGGAGUGUUUCCGCCAUGGAGCUCUCAAAAGCUCUCGACACUACUCAUGUAUCCGUUGGAAACGACAAUAAUAACAACGUAGAGAGAUCAUCUUUUUCUUCGGUUGGCACUGAUGCGACCGAUGCAACUUCCAGGUCUCCAAGAGACUACCUAGCUCAGCAACCACCAACAAAUGAAACCGAAUCCAUCUCCCCAAGAGACAGUGGUGAAGUCAGGGAAUUAUUCCUAAUCCAUCAAGCACUCAACCCGGAGUUCCUUUCCAAUCAACAACUUCUCAGAAAUGGGCAGAUCUACAAGAACAUAAUGAAGGGGAAAACGAUUGGGAGGUGGUUGAAGGACCAGAAAGAGAGGAAGAAGCAGGAAACCCGGGCCCAUAAUGCACAGCUACACGCAGCCGUGUCCGUGGCAGGGGUCGCAGCUGCCGUGGCGGUGAUUGCGGCAUCCAAUGCAACCUUGACAGAACAACCGACCAAUCACCAGAAGAAGCAUUCUAGGACAACUGCAGCUAUAGCUUCUGCGGCAGCUCUGGUGACAUCCCACUGCAUCGACCUUGCAGAGGAAAUGGGAGCCGAUCACCAACAGAUUACGGCUGCAGUGAGCUCCGCAGUCAGUGCGAGGACUAAUGGUGAUAUCAUGGCCUUAACUGCCGGAGCGGCUACAGCGUUAAGAGGAGCCACCACCCUGCGAGCAAGGCUUCAAAAGGGUUAUGGAGGAGCGACGUUUGCCAUGGCAGAGGACAAGGGAGAAGCUGACAAGGAAAACUACAUGUCAAUGCCAAAUGCAUUAGACUUUGUGUCAAAAGGAGGAGAACUUCUUAAACGCACGAGGGAAGGAGCCCUUCACUGGAAACAAGUGUCUUUCAAUGUAAAUUCGAACUUUCAGGUGGUAGCAAAGCUGAAAAGCAAGCAUGUGGCAGGAACAUUCACAAAAAAGAAAAAAUGUGUAGUCACCGGAGUGUAUCAUGACAUCCCAGCCUGGCCUGGAAGGGAAAGGGAAGACGGUGGCGAAAAGGCUUACUUUGGUAUAGUAACAGCUGACAGGGUGGUUGAGUUUGAAUGCCAGAGCAAGGGAGACAAGCAAAUGUGGACUGAGGGGAUCCAGCAAAUGCUGAACUACUGUUCCAACAUGAUAUGAUCCCGAGGGAAAAGGGGAAUGAUUGGAAUUUAGUAUUCUAGAAAAUUUUAUUCUGCAUACAAAGUUGUGCAUGGCGAGAUUGAUUGAAGGAGAAGUCUAGCACUUAAAACGCCUGGAAGAGUCAUGGGGUAAUCUCCAAGCUACCACUAGAAGAAAUACUUGGUGACAAGCAAGAUGAAAAAGCUAAUCAAAGGUGAAUUUGGAUUACCUCACUAUCUACCCCCCUGCGAUGCUUCAGUCACUCUAAUUCUUUGAGGAAGUCAACAUUAUCAAC